UCAUACAAUUAACAUACAACCCUCUUAUUUUCUCCACCUUCCCUUCUUCAUCCUCCCUCUUCUCACUUUGGUUCUGCAAAAUUAAUAAGCUUUUUUUUUUUGGAGAAGAGGGGGUGGUUUCAGAUUUGUGAAUGACACUAUGACACAGAAUAUAAUCAUGAAGAGGCUAGCAGUGCUUUUGCUAUUGGCAUUCAGUCAAUAUAUAUUACACACUGAAGCUCAGUUUGAUGGAGAAUGCAAGCUCAAUAAGCCUUUGAAACCCAGACCUCACAGUGUCUCAGUAUUGGACUUUGGGGCUGUGGGGGAUGGGAAAACUAUAAAUACUGUAGCUUUUCAGAAUGCUAUUUUCUAUCUCAAGUCCUUUGCUGAUAAGGGCGGCGCGCAGCUCUAUGUUCCGGCUGGCAAGUGGCUGACUAGAAGCAUCAAUCUUACUAGCCACCUGACGCUGUUCCUGGAAAAAGAUGCUGUUAUUCUAGGAUCUGAGGAUUAUGCUCAUUGGGAUGUAGUUGAAGCCUUACCAUCUUAUGGCCGAGGUAUUGAGGCACAAUAUGGAAGAUACCGCAGCUUGAUCGCUGGAAAUAAUUUAACUGAUGUUGUAAUAACAGGUAACAACGGGACUAUUGAUGGCCAGGGCUCUAUAUGGUGGGAGAUGUUCAAUUCCCAUUCCUUAAAUUAUACUCGACCACAUCUAGUCGAGUUUGUUAGCUCCAAGAAUGUUGUUAUUUCAAACUUGACCCUUUUGAAUGCUCCUGGUUGGAACAUCCGCCCAGCAUAUUGCAGUAAUGUGGUCAUUCAGAACUUAACGGUUCAUUCUCCACGAGACUCCCCAUACACUAAUGGGAUCGUCCCAGAUUCGUCUGAGCACGUCUGCAUUGAAAACAGCAACAUUACCAUUGGUUAUGAUGCUGUCGUUCUCAAAAGCGGUUGGGAUGAGUAUGGUAUAUCCUAUGGGAAACCUACCUCAAAUGUCCACAUUCGAGGGGUAAGAUUACAGUCGUUUGCAGGUGCUGCUGUGGCUUUUGGUAGUGAGAUGUCUGGUGGUAUCUCCAAUGUGCUUGUUGAGCACAUUUCCCUACAUGACUCCCUUUUCGGGAUUGAGCUGAAGACAGCAAGAGGAAGGGGUGGUUACAUCAAAGAUAUUCUCGUUAUGAAUGUGGUUAUGGGAAAUGUGCAAGUGGGAAUCAAGGCCACUGGUUACUAUGAUUCGCAUCCAGAUGAGAAAUAUGAUCCCUCUUCAUUACCUGUAGUUAGUGGGAUCACCUUUAAGGACAUUGUUGGUACAAAUAUUUCGAUAGCAGGCAAUUUCACCGGGUUAUCCGAAUCUCCCUUCACUUCUAUAUGCCUAUCAAAUAUCUCUUUGUCCAUUUCUUCCGACCCUUCUACGCCAUGGUUAUGCUCUGCUAUAUCAGGUUCUUCUGAAAAUGUGUUUCCUGAACCGUGUCCCGAGCUUCAGAGCUCGUUUUCCAGUUCUAGUUCUGCUUGCUUUGCUCUUCCAAACCCAUACACUGAAGUUGCAGUAUUAUAAUCUCCGAUUGGAACUAUUCAUUCAUUGAACCUGAACAGUGAGACACAUAUCUUGUUCAAGUUCUGGUGUACAAUCUUUCAAUAAGAUGCAAGUCAGAAUCUUCGGUACCAUGGUUUCCCAAGUCAACGUCAAAACACUGGUGAGCAAUCUCUUCGAAAAAGUAGCCUUGCAUUGCACAUCGUUCCUGUGUACAGCAUCCGUUUCUUUUAUUCAUGUGUAAGAAAAGUUUUGGUAGUUCAGUAAAUUCAGAUACGUCGUUCCUUCUUGUGUCAUUCUUCAUUUGAUUUUUUUAGUAAAUUGUUUUACAUUUGUAAAUUGGGUUUAUGGAGACUGCGGUAAGAUUGGUUAAUGCUAUAUGGUUGAAGGAGUGUUAUUGUUGAUUGUCAUUGUUGCAAUAAGAAGUUCUAGCCAUUUGAUUAAAACAUAUAAAGCUUGCUCUUU